AUGUACUGCUGCACGAUCUGCGGCCACAAAUUCAAAUCGCGGUCCACCGUCAGGUACCACUACUACUGUGGGGUCGAAAACAAGCCGCUGACCUGUGAGCUGUGCAAGAAGGGCUUCGUCAGCAAGUCCCACUACGAGUACCACAUGAGGGACCACACAGACGAUCGUAAGUUCAAGUGCUCUACGUGCGGGAAACAUUUUGCCGAAGCUUCGAACCUGAAGGUUCACUCGAGAUUGCACACGGGUGAGAGGCCGUACAAGUGUGACCAGUGCGGACGGAGCUUCAACGAGAGAGCCAACUACAACAAGCAUGUCCGCAGCAUUCAUACAAGUGUGAGUUGGGAAGUGCUGGGACAGAUAUGGGAACUAGAGAGGGUUGAGGGAUCAGAUUCACCUUGCACUUAA